CGAGCCUCAGUCAGUCCGUCAGUCAGUUGAGCUGCUAACACAGAGUGAGAGCACGGGUUAAAUAUAGAGCAGAGCCUCAGUGCUGAUGACCGGGAACAAGCAGGCGUAAAGAGAGAGGCUGACCAUCCUGCGGCAAAAAGAGAACUUAUUUUAUUUCAGCUCAGAGAAAGAGUCUGUUUAUUCUCAUCUCUGCCCUCGCACGAUCCCCUCCUCUCUCUCUCUGUCUUCAGUUCUCACUCAUACUCUCUCGGCCAGUGAGCAUACAGCCCAAACUUGGAGAGGACAAAGCUUCACCAUGCUCCAACUUUGGCAGAAAAGGAGACACAGUGAAGGCUGGAUUUAAGAUUUAAAGGAAAGAAGACAAACACGCUGGUGUGGUGAGUGCUGGAGAAGAAGUGAAGUAUUAAUAAGGACCGGAGUCAUUUUGGGAUCGAACAGCUGUGACAUUAAGAGCUACCAGGUAAAAACAUGCGAUCCAGGACCUGCACCAUGGAAGGUCCAGAUGAUGGACACAUCCAGCCCAGUAAAGGUUUCAUCAAGCAGGAAGAUGAAAACAUGUCGGAGCUGACGAAGAGGAAGAUGAAAGUUCACCGAGAGGAGAAGGAUGGGAGGACGGGGGUAUCGGGCUCAGUGAAGAAACCUCAGAAAGCUGCAGAGAGCCAGAAGCCAGCAACACCAGAUCUGUCCAAGAAGGACCUGCUUCACCUGCUAGGAGUCAUGGAGGGAGAAGUUCAGGCCAGAGAGGACAUCAUCGGGCUGCUGAAGUCCGAGAGAACCCGUCCUGAGACUCUGGAGGCCCACUAUGGCUCGGCUGUGCCCACCAAACCCCUGCAGGCCCUGCAGAGAGACGCCCUGCUCACCCACAGUGGCAGCAGCACAGAUGAUGUGUACGAGAAGCCCAUGGCUGAGUUGGACCGUCUGGAGGACAAACAGAAGGAGACGUACAGACGGAUGCUGGAGCAGCUGCUGCUGGCUGAGAAAUGCCACCGCCGCACCGUCAUGGAGCUGGACAACGAGAAGCAAAAGCACGCGGACUUCAUCAACAAGAGUGACGACUUCACCAACCUGCUGGAGCAGGAGAGAGAGAGACUCAAAAGGCUUUUGGAGCAGGAGAAGGCUUACCAGGCUCGUAAGGACAAGGAGCACAGCAGAAGGCUAGAGAAGGUCAGAGCAGAGCUGGUGAAGCUCAAGUCCUUUGCCCUGAUGUUGGUAGACGAGCGACAGCUGCACAUUGAGCAGAUCGACCAGCAGAGCCAGAAGAUCCAGGAUCUCACUCAGAAGCUUCAGGAAAAAGAGCAGCGACUGGCGUCUGUCAGCGACACCGCCAAGGAAAGCAGCCAGAAGGUCCUAAAGCUGGAGGCCGAGCUAGAGCAGAGAGCAGCAAAGUUCACACAGGAGCAUGAGGAGAUGACCGCCAAGCUGGCGAAACAGGAGUCCCAGAGCCGGCAGCUGAGGCUGAAGCUGGCUGGACUGACACGCAAGAUUGAAGAGCUGGAAGAGAGCAACAAAGUCCUGCAGAAAUCAGAGGAGGACCUGCAGGAGCUGAGGGAGAAGAUCAGCAAAGGAGAGUGUGGGAACUCUUCACUCAUGGCCGAGCUGGAGAAUCUGCGUAAGAAAGUGUUGGAGAUGGAGGGCAAAGAUGAGGAGAUUACCAAAACAGAGACUCAGUGCAGGGAGCUGAGGAAGAAGCUGCAGGAAGAGGAGAACCACAGCAAGGAGCUGAAGUUGGAAGUUGAGAAACUCCAGAAGAGAAUGGCUGAAUUGGAGAAACUGGAGGCAAUCUUUAACAGGAGCAAAACGGAGUGCUCACAGCUUCACGCAAACCUGGAAAAAGAGAGACGUGUCGUGAAGGAUUUGGCCGGUGAGCUGGAGAUGGUGAAAACCCGGAUGAAGGAACUCGAGUCCUCAGAGUCAAAGUUUGAAAAAGCGGAAAUGGCCCUUAAAGACGAGCUCAUGAAGCUGAAGUCCUUCACGGUUAUUCUGGUAGAUGAACGCAAAAACAUGGCAGAAAGACUCAAACAGGAAGAGCUGAAAAGUGAUGAUUUAAGUAAGACAUUCAAAGCAGAGCAGGGGAAGGUGACAGAGGUCACAGAGAAGCUGAUAGAGGAGAGCAAAAAAGUUCUGAAAUACAAAUCGGAGAUGGAGAUCCAGGUGACGACGCUUACCAAAGAGAGAGAUGAGUUAAAGAAUAAACUGGCAGGUGAAGAGGAAAAGUGUAGGGAGCUAAAUGGCAAGCUGAGUGGGAUGAAGAUGACGAUAGACAGACUUGAGGAAAUGGAGAGGGAAAUGCAGAGAAAGCGGGCCAGCAAGGAAAAUAACCAAAAUCCAGAAGAGGAUAACAAAGUAACAGAGCUCACGCUAGAAAUCGAAAGACUGAAGAGCCGGCUCAAACAUCUUGAGGUGGUUGAGGGCGAUUUGAUGAAAACCGAAGAUGAGUAUGAUCUGCUUGAAAAGAAAUUCAGGACAGAGCAGGAUAAAGCAAAUGCUCUAUCAAAGCUUCUGGAAGAGAUGAAAAGUCAGAUUGCCCGAAACAAAGCCAUAGAGAAAGGAGAAGUCAUGAGUCCUGAGGCUGAGCUGAGAAUUCGCUGUAAGAUGGAGGAGGCCAAAACCAAAGAUCUGCAGGCAGAUGUUCUGGCUUUAAAGGAGAAAAUCCACGAGCUGAUGAACAAAGAGGACCAGCUCUCCCAGCUGCAGGUUGACUUCUCUGUCCUCCAGCAGAGAUUUAUGGAGGAGGAAGAGAAGAAUAAGAGCAUGAGCCAAGAAAUGCAGAACCUCAACAAGGAGCUUGAAGCUGCCAAGCGGUACAGUCGUGCCUUGAGGCCAAGCAUGAAUGGCAGGAGGAUGGUGGAUGUCCCGGUUACCUCCACAGCCGUCCAGACAGAUAUGUUGGCCAGCGAGCCCGCAGAGGACGAGACGGCAGCUGGCUUUAUCCGGAAAUCAGUUCUUGAGGAGAACCACUUGAUGAGUAACCUCAGGCAACACAGUCUCAAGAAGCCAACAGUUCUCGAACGAUACCCUCCAGCUUCAGCGGAACUUGGAGCCAAAAAGUCUUGGAUACCCUGGAUGAAAAAGAAGGAGGCCAUCACAAUCACGCAGACCACUCCUGAGAAGAUCCACGGGGUCUCUUUGCUUCAUUCACCGGAGGCAACCAUGUCCCAAAAACCGGGUCAGCCACUUCAUAUCAGAGUGACCCCAGAUCACGGGAACAGCACUGCCACCUUGGAGAUCACCAGCCCUCGAGCUGAAGAUUUCUUCUCCAGCACCACCAUCAUCCCGACUCUCGGUCUUCAGAAACCCCGCAUCACAAUCGUCCCUAAACCCACGACCGUGACCUCAAAGACCAAAACCUGUGACGGAAUGGAAGGUCUCAAUCGAGCCAAAUCUCCUGUCACAAUCACCACCAUCUCCAGAGCAAAGAGUCCAGAGAGGAAUGGUGGGAGCAGCCAUCAGUCACCAGUGUCCAUCAUCACGGUCAGCACCACCCCUGUGGCUGAAGCGUGUGCUUUAUCUGAGCCUCACGAAGUUUCCACAGGCUGCACAGUAAUCAAGGUGACCCCAGAGAAGCAGCCUGGAACUGCACCUGUCAGGAAAUACAACAGCAACAUCAUCACAACGGAGGACAACAAGAUCCACAUCCACCUGGGUCCACAGUUUAAGAGGCCAUCUGAGGCCUGCAGCAGUCCUGUGCUGACACUCAGGCCAACUGGCCUGAGUUCAGAAAGCAGAGAAACGGGAACAGUUCUCCGCUCUCCACGCCAAGCGGGGAAAACCACUCCGAGCAAAAUGACAAGCAGCAUAACGAUCACGCCUAUCACCUCGGCCGCCUCCAGGCCGACGCAGUCAGUGCCCAGUGCAGAUGUGCAGUACAGUCGGAGCACUGCAACACGGAUCCCUGUGUCAAAAGGUAUGAAACCAAGCAGCAAAGCGGUCCUGGGCGUGUCCACGGUGACAAGGUUAGAGUCACGGGCCGAGAGCCACGCGAUGAAAAUCGAGCUGAGGAAGCCGACUGUGUGUGGCUUGGCCUCUGCAGCAGCAGGAAAGAGCUGAGUGCCGGUUCACCACCAAAUCCCCAAAUCUGCUGCCAGAAUAGAGGCGCAGAACACAUCUGUGUGCAUUCACCAUGGGACUGUGUGUGAUGUUGCCUUUUACCACAGCUUAGCUUUACAAACAUCAUUUAAUGCGCUACCACUCAUGUUUUCAGAUAAUAUUAAUGUCAUUUGAACGGCCGGUUAAUUGCACGAGAAAGCUUUGCUGAUUUGAUUAACUCCAUCUCGCCGCUCCUUCAUAGAUGGUUCAGAUUUUUAAUGUCAUCAUCGUAUUUUUAUAGCAUGUGUUUAUUUCACCGCAGCUCAUGGAGGUUUCUGGUGACCGAGGCGCUGACUGUGAAUUGUUUGUGACACGCACCAAAAUAAAAACUAUUUAUCUCUGAACCAAGUACGGCUUUGCUUCGUAACUUCCAUCUUUGUGACUGCGUGGUUCCCAGAGCACUCCCGGGCAACCAUGAAAACUAAUUCUUUUUAAGUAGCCUGGAUUUUGCCUUCAUCACAGGUGUGCAGAGUAAUGGUUUCUUAUUCCGGUUUCAACAAAAAUGCAUUUGAGAAUGUGAGCAGUUGGACAGAUGCAUGUGGACCUCAGCCUGAGAAGUAAAGAAAAACAAGAAUAAAAUUUAGACACUAAAGAUAAUUGAAGUUACCUGGUAAAGGGAUUUAUUGAGGUGUAUGAUGUAAAUAUUGGUACCGUGGAAACAGAGGGACAAGGUACAUCAUGAGUUGGCGACCUGUGAGUCAGUUUGGCUCUAAUGGGAUCAUUUACUAAAUGAGCAUCAUAUAUAAAUAGCAGCUGAGAUCAUAAACUCAUCAGGAAAGUGUUCAGCUGGGUGAAGUCGACCCAUUUCUCACUGACUUCUCUUUCUAAUCGCAGGAGUCGCCCCCUGCUGGCCAUUAUUCAGAAUGCUUUCCACACAGACCUGUGAGCGUUAGUCCACAUUGUGAACGUUCACCUCCCUCUUGUGGACAAGUGCACAUAAACCGACUGAGUUGAGAUUCACUUCAGCAACAAACUGAUCACGUUUAGAAAUCUGACAUCUCUAAACUGCCUCAGUGAGGCAGCAGCAGCCUCACGCUUCCUCUAAUGAUUGUCUCAGCGCAGGCUGAACAAAACAGCCAACACAAUUACCUGCUGAUUGUGUAAUCUGUCAGGAGAUGUGGAGAGAUGCGGUGAUAUGAACAAGCAACUGUGCUACCACUUAAUUAGAGUGAUUCAGGAAGAUGGAGAGUGUGAGAUAUGCUGAUGUAAGGAGGAAAGAGGAAGAUGGCAGGAUAUUAAAGACUGCAGCUGGAAAACAGAAGGGUAAACAUGAUCAAUCACAGAGCCUGCUGCUUAGAGAUUCGGGGGGGAUCAAGUCCUUUCUGGGAACAACAUCAGAGGCUGAACAGGAUUAUGAAAAUCAUAGCUGGGCUGAGCCGGGCACACUCCUCAGAGAAAACUGCUCAGAACCGACAUGUGGGACUUUUCUGCUGCAGUCCAGCUGCAGAGCUGAAAAACUGCCGGGAGUGGGCAGGCCAUUACAGUGUCUAACAACUAACAAUCAUUUACGGCUCGGACUCAUCUGAUUGUGUCUUCUUUUACUCAUUUAUAACUAGAUUUAUAUAUCCAACUAUAUCCAGGCUACACUCGAAUAAAACAAAUAAAAAAUUGACAGAUUCCUCAGUAUAUAUAUUGUCACUUGAUUUAAUGGACUGGUUUUUAUAAAGUGCUUUAUUUACUCUAUUUGAGCACUUGGAGCCCUUUACACAUCUUUCACACCCUUUCACACAUAUUCACACUCUGAUGAGCACAUCAGGAAGAACUGAGAGUUCAGUAUCGUGCCCAAGGAUACCAGGGAUUGAACAACCAACCUUCAGUAGAUCACCCGCUGAGCCACAGCCAUUCCUGAUUAACAGACUUAUUAUCAUAAAAGGAUGAUACAAAUAAAAUGGUCAAGAAUUGAAAAAGAGCGAGAGCUAGUCUGAAACAAUACAGCGACUUUUAAAACCAAUCCGGAGUCUAACAGGUAGCCCCUUUAAAGGCCCAGUGUAGGUGCAAUUUGUGCACUUCCAUUUAUGCAAGUAAGCCCCCAUACAGCUGAUUUGUUGCACUCCUCAGUAACCCAGAAAGCAGGGUGGGACAAGAGUCUGGCCUCCUGUUAUAUAGCGUGUUUCAGUCACUCUGAUGUGUGCUAUUAUAGCCUGCAGCAAAGUCACUGCACCGCUUUAGUGCAGAUGAGGAAUGUUUACUGUUUUUCCAGACUUUAGAUCAAGGUGACAAUAUUUUCAUGCCAUAGAUAGCAGGACGCAUUUUCGAUGUUGUUACCUAAGACGGAGAUAGAGAUGCACUCACGGAUAUUGUGCUGUGCUCAUUUUUCAGAUAUUUGUCCUCCUGUAUUUGCUUCUACUGAUUGAUCUUCUCACACCCUGUGCACAUGUGAAGUAUUCAGUAACUCAAAACAACUUUAUUUAUGAAGCACAUUUACAAGCAACUGAUGCUGACAAAAGACAAAAUUGACAAAACCAAACACGAUAAUAGAUAAAAAAAAAUACAUAAAAAACACGCAGAGAGCUGCAUCUGCUGAUGGGUGCUAAACAUAUAGCUGUGGAAGACAAAGAGACAAGAGACACAGUGAACAGUGUCCAUCCAUCCAUCCAUCCAUCCAUUCAGUCCAGGUCCUGUUCUAAGUAGACCCUUUCUUCAUGUAAAUAUAAUAACUGAAUAAAUAUAAUAACUGUCAUUAUAACUACAAAAUAAUCACUUCCUUUAUCUUCAUUAAGUUACAAGUGGAACAGGAAGUAAAUGGUUUCAUUUAUGUAAGCUGUAAGUUUAAAACAAGUUAGAGGUAGAGCUCGGACGAAAGCAAAUCUCUGUUUCAUUUCUAAAAUCUUUUAUACAUAUGAAACUGCCUACUGCUCUAAAGUUGAUGAGCUGUCUAAGGGAAGCGUGAUGACUCAAAUGAAGGUUUUCU